AAUGAUUGGAGACAUCAACAUUUUCUCCAACUUAACAGAGAUAAGAUCUACAUAACUUAAUUGUCUUUGGACUCUUUUUACACUUUUUUAUUUUUAUUUAUUAAGUUUUUUUGUAACAUGAGGGACAUUUCUUUAAGUAAACUAUAUAAGUUACACAGACUUUAAAAGUAGGCCACUUUUUUUAAAAAAUAGGAUCGAUAUCCUGAUCGAUGCUUUGGCCACACACUCAGGGAGCUGUGACGGCGUUGCUAAGCAACCGUUAGCUAACUGCUGCUAUAAACAGAGUAAGCUAGCUAAAGGGAGAAGAUAAGCAAAUCACGCUAUCGAGAAAUUACUUGUUUUGGACAACAAAAAAAUUAGUUAUUAGGUUGUUUUGACUUUUUAACUAACAAUAGCUAAAUCAGCUACAGCCUGGACUCUACAUUACAGUGGUUCUUGGAGAGAGAAGAAUAAAAAACAGCGUUUUAACUUGAGUUCACCACCGUGAAAAUGAAGACAGGCUCGAUGUCAACACAGGAAGAACAAGCUAAUAUUGGCAAAGUACUGAGUUUUCUCCGCGAGUGGGACCGAGGUGACAGGACAGUCCGCAGCCGCAUGUUGAACACCUUCCUGACUCAACACAAAGGGAAGACAUGUCAUGAGCUGGAGCUGGAGUUUGCUCAGGUUGCCAGUCUGUUCCUGGCUCGACUCACCACCUGGAUGAGACUCACAUACAUGUUUGGGACAUUCUUGGGACUGCAGCUUAAAGCCAUUGGGAUUUUCCUGUCUGCAUCAAGCCAUGAUCAGUACCUGAUGGAGUUCCUGGAGGAUGGAGGUGCUCUCACCCUGCUGGACAUCUUGAGCCAAUCUCAGAGCAAAGAGGAAGAAAAGGCAGAGGCCCUCUGUCUUCUGCUCGCCAUCUCAAAUGCUGGUCGCAAGUACAAAGAGAUCAUCUGUGAAAGCCAUGGUGUGAAAGCCGCAGCAGAGUGCCUGGCUAAGUCAAACGCAGAUGAAACCCAAGAGACAGCAUGUGCCCUCCUGGAGUCCCUGUCACAUGGAAACCCCAAAUACCAAAACCAAAUCUACAAAGGUCUGAUUGCUCUAAUGACUUGUACCUCCCCUAUGGCCCAGCAGCUGGUCUUGCACACCUUACGCACUGUGCAGUCCAAAAUGAAAACAGCCCAUCACAGCAUUGUAGAGCCUCUGCUGAAUACGCUCAGGUCACCGCACCUGGAGGUUCAGGAUGAAGCUAUAAAUCUGAUCUCGGAGUUGAAGUGUUACGAUGUGAGGCCGCUGCUGCUCAGUGGACUGGUGGCUCUGCUGAGACCUACGAAAGAGGAAGUGAAACAGCACCAGAUUAUGGAAGGGUAUACAAUCCCAUCAGAGUGUGAGAUAAUCAAGAUGACUGAAUCUCUGCCUGUGUUUGUGCAACAAGCUGCUGCAGCCAAAACUAUACGCUUGUUGACUGAGGACAGCCAAGAGGUUUCUCAUGAGCUUCUCUCUCUUGGAGUGAUCCAACAUCUUCUGUACGCUAUGGGCAACAGAGAACACACUGAUGCUCAAAUACAAGCCAGUCUGGCUUUGAAGCACUUUGUCUGCUCAUACCCAGUUAUCGAGGAACGUGUGCAGAGGGGCAUUGGUGGCACACUGUUUGCAGCCUUUAUGCACCAUGGUGACACUUUGUACAUGAAUAUGGACGAAACACAAGCAGAAAUCCUGCUAACUAACAAGAUUAACAUAACUGAAGUUUUGGAUGGUGACACUAAAGGCUGACAAGAAGGACAAAUCCUUUUAAUAAUGCCGAUUGAAUAAACUAGAAAAAUGUAAAUACUGUUUGUAUUUUAAUAAAAGACAGUUUACUUC